AUGGCGUCCAAUAAAAAUCUAAGGCUGCUCGUUGUCGCCGCCGUCGCCGUCUUCCUCCUCGCCUCCACCGAGGCCGUAAGACUUCCCACCUCCCAAUCCCCAUCGGGAUCGCCUACUCUCACCUUCUCCGAUUUCCUCCCGAUCAAAAAGCCCAGCCCGAAGACCCUACCCAAAUCAAACGACGGCGACGACACCAAAUUCCUUUUUGAGGGAUCCCUCGCGAUCGAAUCCAACGAUGGAAAUCCCGAAGUGAAAAAAGUUUGCGCAUCAACCGAAAAUCCCCUCCUUUGCGCCGGCUCUGUCGACACGAUCCUCGAGGCGGCGGUGAAGGCGGGACUCGAAGUCGCGAAGCAAGCGAAGGCGAUGGCGAAGGAGCUGAUCGAAAAUCCCGAGAUGUCAGCGGAGCUGCGGUCGAUCGUGAAGGACUGCAAGGAGAGCUACUCGACAGCGGCGGAGAACUUCGAGAAGUCGCUGGCGGCGUCGACGCAGCAUGACGUCGGGACGAUCAGGAGCAUGCUGAGCGGGACGAUUACGUACCUGGGAGAUUGCAGGGACGAGAUCGGUAAGGUUCAGACAGACCCGAGGCUGAACGAAUUCGCCGUGAAGCUUGGUAAUAUGACCAGCAACUGCCUCGCCAUUGUUGAUCUCAUGCACUGA